CGGUUAUCCAAGAGUUUUCUCCCCUGUAACGUUUUUCGCCCUAUGUGCGCAGGUGCGGAAUGUCAUGUCGCUUCCGGAUAGUUUACCGGAUAGUUGUCAAAUGCAAAAAUGUAAACAGCUAUGGGGAAGAUUUAUUGUUGUGUAACAGGUUGCUCAAACUACAGCGGAAAAUUAAUUGACAACAGGAAGGUAUCACUGCAUCGAUUUCCUGUGGACAGCAAGAUUUCAAGAGCCUGGGAGCAACGGGCUAAGUGUUUUAGGAAGAACUUUACAUUAAAAAACACCACUCGUUUGUGUAGUGAACAUUUUGUUGGGAGAGGUGGUCCGUCUGCAGAAUAUCCGAUCCCGAGUGUUUUCCCUCAAAAAACCUUCAAAACAUCCAAGAUUUCUGAUUCCCUGUGCACACCACACAUAAUUUUAAAAGGGGAAGAUGAUAAUUCUUCUGGAGAGAAUGAAGAUGGUGUUCUGCAGAGCUCUCUCCAUGCCAACAUUUCUUUUCUGGAGACCUCAUUGUUUAUGCAUGACUAUGCAGGAGUAAUUUCAGAGAACCAUGUGUGUUCCCAGACUAAUAAGUCUGAGCAAACAGAUGAUGUUGUGAUACUGUCAAGGGAGGAGUUUGAAGAACUGUCUUCCACACCCUUCAGAAGAAGAGACAAAACAAAACACUGUUGA